AUGUCCAGCGCACGACUCAGCCUGACGCUGCUAAUCGUCGCCGCCGACGCGCUCGCAGCCUCGCCCGCGCGUCUCGUGAACCCGCUGCAGCCCGGCCCGUUCCCGGCGUCGUCGGAUGUCGAGAUUGUCGAGACGUUCGUCGCGAUGCCGGGCGCGGGCAAGCUGCCGGCCGAGUGGGAGCAGCUCUGGCGCCGCGGCGCCGCCGCCCACGACGAAUUCAUGCGCGAGUUUGACGCCGCGGGCGGCGCGGUCACCGACGCGGCGUGGUCCGCGCUCGAGAGCGCGGCGGAGAGCUUGGAGGAGUUGGGCCAGUACAAGCUGGAUCCCGUCCGCGCGUCGAUGCUCUUUGGCAAACUCGUGGAGGUCUACGCGUCUCUUUCGCGAGACGACGGGAAGUGCCUGCGAGCGGCGCACUGGUGCGUGCAGCAGGCCUGCACCCAGGCGUGUGUUGACGCCUACGCCGUCGACGAGGCCUCGCCGCGGGACGCAUUUAAUGCCGCAAUUUCGUCGGCCGUGACGUAUUACAGGAGGGGCGGCGACCUGGCGCGGGCCGAGGCGGCGCGAGCGCUGGCCAAUAAACACCCGGCGGCGGCGACGAAAUACGAGCGCGUGCGUUUCUAGCGUACGUCGAGCUGCCUUCUCCGCGCGGCACGCCAUCGAGGCGACGCGUCAUUCUCUCGCGCAGGUCGACCAAACGCCCAAGGUCUACUUUCCGGGGCUGACGGCCCAGCGCUUCUGGCCUAGCAGGGAUUUUGAGGUCGUGAGAAAGCUUGAGGCCGCUUUCGCCGACGAAUCGACUCGGGCGGCCAUGCUCGACGAUGUCGACAGCCUGAUCCGGCACAACGCGCUGAAGCGCCUCGUUUCGCCGUCGGCGCCGUUCCGCCCGCCGUCCAAAGCCGCCGACGCAGCUGGCGAAGGCGCGUGGUCGGAAUUGCCGCUCUACGACGGCAUAGAAUGGGACGCCGAGGCCUGCGCCCUCGCGCCGACGCUCAGCCGGCUCUUACAGACGGACGAGGGGCGCGCUCUCCCGGAGCUCGGCGCCGCGCCGCUCGACUCUACGCGGCCGAACCUCUGCGGGACGCCGGUCGUGGCCACGGUACUGCGUCUAGCGCCUGGUGCGAACAUAUUGCCGCACUGCGGAGUUACGAAUCGGCGCCUCAUAAUGCAAUUCGCACUGCGCGGCUCGGACGGCGUCACGUUCACGGUUGGCGAUGAGCCGCGUUCGUACGGCGGCGACGGGCACGCGAUCGUCUUCGACGACUCCUUCGAGCACCACGUGCGGCACGACGGCGCCGAGGACCGGUACGUGUUGUUCGCGAUUUUGAAGCAUCCGGAUGUGGAGGAGGGGUUGUAUGGGUAA